CAAACCACGAAGUUAUUCAGUACCGUUCUCCAUCAUCUCAGUCACCAUGUUCGUUGUAGCCGUGGCAGGAGGUACCGAAGGUAUCGGAAGAACUGUCUUCGAUGCAAUCAAAGCUCAGGGAAAAUUUGAGCCCAUUGUGUUGAGCCGAAAGGCAGACAAGGCGACAGAGGAGCUCAUCGGAGCCCGAAUCAUUGCCGUCGAUUAUGCCGACGUCGAUGAACUUGUGAAGGUCCUGGAGACCAACAACGUUCACACGGUCAUUUCUGGUAUCGGUGCUGCAGCACCUGGGGAACCUGAGAUAAAUCUCAUUCUCGCCGCGGACAAGGCAACUUCAACUAAGAGAUUCAUCCCCAGUGUGUUUGGUAUCAGAUACGAGCAAGAUCAGGCAGGACUCGAAACGGCUGUUAACAAGUUGUCUUCCAGGGCUGCUCUUGAAGACACAAAUCUAGAAUGGACAAUGAUCUUCAAUGGGUACUUUCUGGAUUAUUGGGGUAUGCCCAAGGUGAAGACCUAUCUUAAGCCUUUCACCGUAUUUGUUGAUAUUGCUGCGGGGAAAGCCAGCAUCCCAGGAUCUGGAGACACCCCAGGCGUUUUUACGUACAGUCAUGAUGCGGCCAAGUUCACUGCAGCAGCACUCACGCUUGAUAAGUGGGAGAAGGAGUCGUACGUGAUCGGCACCAGGAUAACACUGAACGACCUACUCAAGGUCGCGGAAGAUGUGCGAGGGAUCAAAUUCGAUGUCUCCUACGACUCUCUUGAGACUCUUCGCUCAGGAAAUAUCACGGUGCUCCCUGGGCAAGUCUCCAACUAUGCCCACUUCCCUAAGGAAGAGCUUCACCGCAGAUUUGCCGGCUUUGGCCUGAUGUUUGAAGAAGGCCGCCUUAACUUCGAACCGAAGCAGACCUUGAACGAUUUGUUCCCGGAAAUUAAGCCAGUUUCCGUUAAGGAGAUAGUUGAAAUUGGCUGGAAAUGAUGUUGAGAGAUGAGAUAGCAAUACUUUUCACUACAGGUGUGGUGCUAAGAUGGAAUAAAAAUAGAUUUGUCGUG